AUGGAACCUUCUCAAAACCCCAGCAAGCGACUUUGCAGAAUCCAAAACCCAAACCCUAAUUCUCUCCCUAAUGUUGCCGGUUACGAACAGAGCCACGUCGAUCUGAUGAUCUCCUCGUUCCUCUCGUUACCGGAUUUGCCUUCCUUAUCCUCGCCGCUCUCCAUCAGCUCCUCCUUCGACCGGGCGGUUGAGAAAUUGUUCGAAGCUUCCGGCGAUGACUCCGUUCAAGAUCUUCUCACUGAUCGAGCACUCCAACUCGCCUCGCUUCUUCAAGAUUCCACCAAUAGAUUUUCCCGAAAGCGCGCUUCCCUCCACAAUUCCAAUUCCUGGUCACUCUCCCAUGACCUCACCGUUAAGGUGUUUUCGAUGGUUGAUACAAAAUCUCUGAUGCAAGUUUCAGCUUGUUGCACCAUGUUCAAAAAAUGUGCCAUGGACUCUUGUUGUUACUCCCACAUUGACUUGACAACUGUGAAUGUUAGAAGUAGUGUUGUGUGUAGUAUGAUCCUUAAGGCUGGAAAAGAACUCAGAUCCCUAAAAGUUGGUUGCUUGGAAAUAUUUGCGACACCUUUGCUUUCAAAAUCUUGUCUCGCCGCACUAUCCUAUAAUGAUGGGUUUCUUGGGAAUCUCGUGGAAAGCCUACACAUUUAUAAUCGCAAUUGGUUGGACGAGGAGUCCUUAUGCGGUGCGUUAUCGGUCUGCUCAAAUCUAACCGAUUUAAAGAUUGUUAGAUUGGUUCAGUCAUUAGAUAGCGUAUUACGCCGUCUCACAAGAAAUUGUCAGCAUCUGUUCUUAGAGAAAGAGCUUGGAUAUGUUAAACCGUACCGUAUACGUGGUUUGUCCUUUGAAAGAAACUGCCCCAAUAUGACUUCACUAUCACUUAUAGGUUUUGACCUAAGUGAUAGAAACGCCUACCAUCUUAUUAAGGGUUUGCGUAAGCUUAAGUACCUGAACCUAUCCAGAACAAAGAGAAUCAAAGGACGCUUUUUUAGGGAUGUAAGCCAUGACUGCAAAGACUCUCUGCUCGAGACUCUGAUAUUGCAAGAUUGCGAUUCUCUAGAGGAGAGAGAUGUUUGCCUGUUUUUGAAUUCGUUACUCAUAGGAAACUUCAGAUUCAUUCGACACAUUGACGUUUCAAAUACUUACGGAUUGAUUUAUGGCGACAGGAGAUGUAGCAAACCAGUGUUACCUCUGGAAAAGCUGAAUGAAGAAAGACCAGGGUUCACUUUUGUGGCAGAAUUUAGAACACCAGCAUCAUCAUCAUCAUCAUCAUCAACAUCGACAUCAUCAUCAGCAUCGUCAUCUUCAAGCUCAGGGAAUUCUUCCUCUUGCAGUGGAACUGACGACGAUGAAGACUGA